UUGCGUUUUGGAGUAGCUAGCCUACGGCUGUCAGGUAGAGAGAGAGAGAAACGCGAAGCCUUUCUUUCAACUCUCUCACAGGUCUUAAGCCCUAAAGACUUGGGAGUCGAACUCUGGUGGUGAUCUAUCUCUCGUCUUACCUCUCCCGUUCUUAAAGAUUACUUUCCGUCAGGAUCUUCGGUAAUGGCUUGCUUGCGUGGUAUCUCGAAGAGAGUUAAUCUCUUACAGAGACGAGUUUACCCAACGUGUGGUCAUCUCAUCAGUAACGACAAAGAUGAAACUAAACCGAGUUCUGAUGCAGUGAUGAUCCCUAAACUCUUUGGGGCUAACAACAAGCUUACCUCUAUGUUUACGGAGAGGCAGUUUGCUGCUCCCUUGGGACUUGGAUUGUCUUCUUGUCGGUACAUGAGCUCCUCAUCUACUACACCACCACCGACGGAAUGGUCUGAUAAAGUUGAUGGUAUCGACUUUGUUGCACCUCAAGUCGUUCCUGAUCAGAUCGUUGAAGCUGUGACGAUGACAAGCCAAGCUGUUCCUGCUGUGAACGAGGUUGCUAUUGCAGCUGCGGAUUCUGCUUUUCCUGUUGCUGCUUUGCAGCAUCUGAUUGAUGCUCUUCAUUCCUUUACUGGCUUGAACUGGUGGGCUUCGAUAGCUUUGACUACUGUGCUCAUUCGUGGAGUUACAAUUCCCAUUCUUUUGAAUCAACUUAAGGCUACUUACAAACUCAAUCUUCUGAGGCCUCAACUGGAGGAGCUAAGACAAGAGAUGGGCAAUAAGGGUACGGAUCCUGAAGCCAUGGCAGAAGGCCAAAGACGGAUGCAGUUAUUGUUUAAACAGCAUGGGGUAACUCCGUUUACACCUCUCAAAGGACUUAUUAUUCAAGGCCCCAUCUUCAUCAGCUUUUUCUUUGCGAUCAGGAAUAUGGCCGAGAAAGUACCGUCAUUUAAAACCGGUGGAACUCUUUGGUUUACUGACCUCACCACUGCAGAUACUACAUAUAUCUUGCCACUUCUCACCGCAGUUACUUUCAUUAUUAUGGUGGAGUCCAACAUGCAGGAAGGUAUGGAAGGGAAUCCAGUAGCAGGAACUAUGAAGAAAUUCUCAAGAAUCAUUGCCAUUCUCUCUAUUCCAAUUUUGAUGGGCAUUGAAAAGGCAUUGUUCUGUUACUGGCUCACUUCCAACCUGUUUACCCUUGGGUAUGGACUAGCACUAAGACGUCCUGAUGUGAGGAAGCUCUUGAAUCUACCGAAUGUUGGCACCUCUUCUUCCACCGGGCAGCCAUCUCCGCCGCCUUCGCCUAUUCCAUUUUCCUUUGAGCAGCCAAAAGACCAAAGUGUUGUUGGUCAUGAAGAUCCUCCUAUGCAUUCCUCCCAAGAUCCUCAUGUGUCUUCUUCCUCCGAGUCAUCUUCGAGUGUUCCAGAGAGAAGAAUCUCCAGGAGUUCAGUUCUGAAUCAGAGAAUCAGAACUCUGGAGAGACAACUCAAAGACCGAAAGAAGAAGUGACCGGUUCUUUCUGUAUUUUUUUUUUAUGUUAAAGUUGUUUUGCUUGAACUGGCGGAGAUACAAUAGAAGGAAGGGAUUAAGUAUCCCCCGGAAUUUAAGGUUUUGAAUAUGAUGGCAAUAAUCAAUCAAAGUCAUAUGGAUUACUCUGAA